AUGAUUGAUGCCAAUGCGAGAUCAGGCUUUAAUGACAAGAUCCACGUCUUCGAGAAGGACGACAUCACCAAUGCCAACACUGGACUCUUUCGAGAGUUCCUUGCAGAACACAAUAUCUGUGUGCCCCUGCAACAUCUACACUACAUGAAGGAGAACACGCAACAUGGCUUCAUCCAAGUGAAGACUGUGAAUAUCGGAUCGACUACGUCCUCGUCCCCACAUCAUGGCAUGCUUCCUGUACCAAGUCAUGUAGCCUCGAUCAUUUGGACUUUGGGCAUGGGUGACCACAGGGCAAUGGCAGUAGAACUUCAGUGGCAUGGAACUACAGCCUUCACAUCAGAGCCCAGAUCUAGAGUCAAGUACGCACGCACCAAAAUUUCAACCACCUCACUUGAGGCUGAUCUUGAGGAAUACCAGCCGCUGCACUGGAAGACUGACAUUGAGACGCAGGUCGACCACUUCAAUGUGUUUGUCCAGACUACACUCCAACGACAGUGCCCAGUCGAUCGACAUGGACCUAAAAAGUCCUAUCACUUCGACCAUGUGGCAACUGCGGGCUCGGAAGCUACGUCUCCAAAGACAGACCAAGCUCAACAAGAAGAAACUAAAGCAGAACUUCAUCAAGUUGCACUUCAACUCCGGCGGGAUCUGACGGCCGCCAAACGUACACAUGUACAAGAGGCCAUUACCAGUCUUCCACCAGACAGUGCGGCGUCCAACAUCCUGAACACCCUCAAGCCCAUCAUUGGCCCCACCAAUCCGAAACUACGCAAAGUUUCGCCCUUGCCAAUGAUUUUGAAUGAACAGGGCAAACCAUGCGCUACGCCAGCCGAACUGAGUGACUGCUGGGCGAAUUUCUUUGGAUCCAUGGAGGGUGGGGAUCGAGUUUCAGACCAUGAUCUCCGACAGGACUGGCUGAGCAGUCUUGGUGACUUUAUGCAAUCAGAUCUGUCAUUGACACUUGAUGAUGUCCCAUCAUUGACAGAGUUGGAAGCAGCGUACAGACGGAGAUUGAAACUUCCUGAUGAUGCAUUGCGCGAUUUGCAAUACAUCUUACAACUCCCAGCAGCCACAGAGACUGCAGGACUUCCUUUGCAUCUUCGACGUGCUCUUCAAGCCCUGCACACAAACACUCACUUUCGGGUGAGAGGACAAGAAGAUACCACUCAUACGAGAAUUGGUAGCCGUCCAGGAGAUCCGUUUGCUGAUGUCGUAUUCGGCUACAUGUUCUCACGUCUACUUUCUGCAGUUGAACAACAUAUGCAAGAACAUGGCAUUUUGGAGACCAUCCAUGAUUCUGCAGCUCCAGGACUUUUUCCAGAACAUCCUCAACAGCACCAGGUAUGCAUGACCCACGGUGUCACUCCAAACCUCCAGAAGGGCAAAGCUGAGAUCCUCUUCACAUUCCGACACUCCAGAAGGGAGAUGAGAAAACGCAUUGCCAUUGGCAACAGUGCUUUCAAUGCACAUCGACGACUUCUGUUCCAGAAUCAAGAUCUGUCGACCACGAAACGCGCAGAGCUCUUCAUGACGCUUGUGAAUAACAAGAUCUCAUAUGGCACAGAGACCUGGGUGCUUGAUGAUUUGCAGUCCCAGAAGUACUUUCACAGCGCCAUCUUGAGACUCUACAAGCGCUUGCUGAAGAUUCCUCCAGAGCAGGCAGUCCAAGAUGAUGAGAUCCUGACUAAGAACUACUACGUCUGGCUCGCCUACGGUACAUUGGCUUGCUCUAGAAAUGCGAAGAGAUCACCCCAUGGGCUCUCCUGCGUGCUGACUUCCAGUGGACUCGCCAGAUACAAGCGGACCUACAGUGGCUUUGGAGGCUUGUCGACAACACGACCAAGCUGCCCAACCCCUGUGACCAUUUCCCAGCGUGGGAGUACGUGCUCCGCUACCAUCGCAGCUACUGGAAGACGCUUCUACAGCGAGGCCUUCAUUUGGUUCAGCUGCAUCGACAAGAUGACCUACUUUUGCGCCGACUUCAUCAUGAUGUCUUUGCGCAACUGGCUCAAUGGGGACCGAUCCCACAUGCGCCUAUUCGCCCACAUAUCCCAGUUGAACGUCAGAUUGGGCAUCAUGGCUGCAUGCAAUGUGAACUGCGAUGCAGGACCAAAGCUGGAGAAGGAGCUCAUCUUUUCAAAGAUCAUGGCAUUGUGGCCAGAGUACGCAUUGGCUCCCGUGACAACAAUCAGCGGAGAGCACAACAUGAUGACCUUCUACCAGCACAACAAGCAGAAGGGCUCAGACCCAGAAUGUCUACAGAGCAGACUUCGUGCCUGUAUUCAAACGCAUGCGAUUGGAUGGACUCUCAUGCUGAUCACACUCCAACAUGUCCUUGCGGCCUUCGAGACCCUCCAGGACUACGAUGUUGGAAUUUCACGUGAAGAUCUACGUGCCGCACUUUCUCAUUUGGCGGAGCCCUACGCAUGGAACUUCCUCACUGAGAUCACCUACGAAGCUGCUGAGCAUGACCAUCUGCAUCACCUUGAUCUGUAUGAACAAUGGUGCAGAGACUUUGCGAGCGCAUCUACAUCAUGGAAGCCAACUUUGUGCUGUCCGAGACCUUUCUUCCGAGAGCGUGUUGUGCUGCAUGCAUACUCGGGGAGAAGGAGACCGGGAGAUUUCCAGUGGUUUCUCGAUGCCCUAGGCAGGCAGCACAAACUUGAAGGUUUUUAUGUUGUGUCCCUUGACAUAGUCAUAGACUCUACAUGGGGUGAUAUCGGUAACCAAAAGACUCAAAGAUUUUGGCUGGACUCGAUUCGGUCUGGCUUCGUCAUUGGCUUCCUUGCUGGUCCUCCUUGCUGCACGUGGUCUAUAGCGAGAGACAAGAAGGUAGCCAACUCCAAUCGAAGGGGGCCCAGAGUAUUACGCAAUCGAGAAGCACUCUGGGGGUUUUGGUCGGUAUCUCUGAAAGAGAAGAGGCAACUCUUUGACGGGCAUUUGCUUUUGGGGUUCAGUCUGCAUGCAAUGGUUCUGCUAUCGUCUGUGCAAGGAUGUGGUGCACUUGAACACCCAGCAGAGCCAGCGGAGGAGAACGCUGCUAGCAUUUGGAGAUUGCCUUUGAUGCAGAUGAUCACCACACUUCCGGGCUUCCAACAUUUCCUCUUGGGAGCAGGCACUGCAAAGCGCACAGGAUUGCUUGCGCUCAACCUCUCCGACCUCCCGACAUUUCUUCGUGGCAGUGCAAUUUGUGCUCACAUUCAUAGGAAUCAGACCAUUGGAGUGGAUGAAGCUGGCCAAUUCAAGACAGCCAAGUUAAAGGAGUAUCCUCCUGCACUUUGUAAAGCUCUAGCAGAGGGAUUUUUCUCCAAUUUUCCAUUGUCCACAGAGACAAUGAAGGCGCCUCAUUUGCCUGCGGAGUUCAUCAACAGAUGCAAGCAGAUGACUUGCACUACCAUGGGCCAUGCAAUUUGCGCCGACUACACAGGCUCUUGA